CUGGAAUUUCCCAGAAUAUAUGGACUCAAGUAAAAAUACAACUAAAGAACUUAGGGCAUGUAGAAAACCAGCAGCAAGGUGCACCCAUAAACGACUUGAAUUCUGAACUCCAAGAGGCGCUAAUUCCGUUGCUCAUGCUAAUAGUAUACUGCGCUGGUUGCAAAAGACAGAGAUGAACAGAAGGGACGAAGAAGAGAAGGGCUUAUUGUGGAAGCUACCACCAGUUAGAUCCAAGCAAUUGGGGAAGCUUGGACCUGCCUUUGGCGUUGGCGCUGGCUGCGGGUUUGGUUUCGCCAUCGGACUCAUUGGAGGCACCGGCUUUGGUCCAGGAAUCCCCGGUUUACAGCUUGGAUUUGGACUUGGAGCUGGAUGUGGGGUUGGUUUGGGUUUCGGGUAUGGUGUAGGAAGAGGGAUUGCAUAUGAUGAGAAUCGCAGAUAUACUAAUGUUGGGAAAUUUUUUCACAACCCUGGGGAUUUUCCUGUGCAAGUAUCUUGUCACCAUUUCAAUGCCUAAUCUCAAUCAUGAUAAACAAACUCAGAGUUGCAGGCUUGCAGCAGCAAUUGGUCAAUAUUAUUGGAUAGUGAUAACAUGGCAUGAGGGGAAGCACAAAAUCAUAUGUCAAUCUAUUUGAAAGUUCACAUGACAGUUUUAUGGACCCUAGCUUUCUAAUUUUUGUUUCUUAUAUCUCCUUCUUCCUUAUGUUGGUGGUUAUGAAAUUUGAAACAAUAAACAAAUUACUGAAAUAAAAAGACGAGAACAUUGAAAAUGGGAUUAUGUUAUCUUAGUUGCUGAUAUAGCAGGGCUAUGUUCAUUGGUGGUGGUGCUAUAAGUCAGGAUGAUCUGAUUUUAUUGUGUUGAAGCCAUCACUGAAAUACAGAUAAUUCCAAUUUACAGCUUAAGAAUACACUUGUUAUCUGGGACAACAUAGCACAAGAGGAAGUGGUAUUUAUAAGUUUCCGUCGAGUUCAACCUCUUCUCUGUCUCACUC